AUGACAGGGAAGAGUGUGGCCUGGGACGAGGAGAAACAGAGGACGCUGGCCAUGAAGACCCUUCGGGCACGAUUUAAGAAGGCAGAGUUGCCGCUCAGAGCCCGGCAGCCCCGCCGCCAUGAAGCAACUGUGUCUAUGCGCGGCCACCUCUUUCGCGCAGCCGACCCUGCCCCAUGCACUACUGGGUGUACCCCACAGAGUCAAGACUGGGGCAAAAGUGAUGAGCGGCUGCUGCAAGCUGUGGAGAACAACGAUGCAGCACGGGUGGCCACCCUCAUCUCCCGUAAGGGGCUAGUGCCCACGAAGCUGGACCCUGAGGGCAAGUCUGCGUUCCACCUGGCAGCUAUGAGGGGCGCAGGCAACUGUCUGGAGGUGAUGCUGGCUCAUGGUGCCAAUGUUAUGAGCACAGAUGGGGCAGGUUACAAUGCUCUCCAUCUAGCUGCCAAGUAUGGGCACCCACAGUGCUUGAAACAACUGCUGCAGGCCUCCUGUGUGGUGGAUGUUGUGGACAGCAGUGGGUGGACUGCCUUGCACCAUGCAGUGGCUGGUGGCUGUCUCUCCUGCUCAGAGAUGCUCUGCUCUUUCAAGGCACAUCUGAACCCCCGAGAUCGGUCAGGUUCAACACCCCUCAUAAUAGCAGCUCAGAUGUGUCACACAGAUCUGUGCCGCCUCCUCCUACAGCAGGGGGCUUCUGCAAAUGACCAGGACCUGCAGGGCAGGACGGCCCUGAUGCUGGCCUGUGAAGGGGCUAGCCCUGAAACCGUAGAGGUGCUGCUUCAGGGUGGGGCCCAGCCAGGCAUCACUGACACACUGGGGCAGGAUGCAGCACACUAUGGUGCCCUGGCAGGGGACAAACUCAUCCUACAUCUCCUGCAGGAGGCAGCUCAGCGCCCCUCCGCACCCAGUGAGGAUGACUCUGGCGAAGCAUCAUCUCAGAACUCUGUGUCUAGCCAUGAAAAGCGAGGGGCUCCCAAGAAGCGGAAGGCGCCCCAACCUCCUGCCAGCAUCCCUAUGCCGGAUGAUCGAGAUGCCUAUGAAGAGAUUGUGAGGCUGCGGCAGGAGAGGGGCCGCCUCCUACAGAAGAUCCGGGGCCUGGAACAGCACAAGGAACGAAGGAAGCAAGAGCCACCAGAGGGGGAAGCCAGCUCCCUGCACAGCCUGGAGAGGCAGGUGCAAGAGCUGCAGCAGCUGCUGGCAGAGAAACAAGAGGAGAAAGAGAGCCUGGGUCGUGAGGUGGAAAGUUUGCAGAGCCGGCUAUCCCUCCUGGAGAAUGAACGGGAGAACACCAGCUAUGAUGUGUCCACACUGCAAGAUGAGGAGGGUGAGGUGCCUUACUUCCCAGGGGCCGAGAUGCUGCUGUCCAGGCGGCUAAGCCAAUCAGCCCAGGAGUGCUUGGCCUCCCUGCAAGAGCAGGUGGCUGCUCUCACCAGACAGAACCAGGAACUCAUGGAGAAGGUUCAGAUCUUGGAGAACUUUGAGAAAGACGAGAUGCAGAUGGAGUUGAAUGGCUCUGCUGAGGUCAUCCCUCUAGCCCUGUAUGACUCUCUCCGGGCUGAGUUUGACCAGCUGCGCAAGCAGCAUGCGGAGGCCCUGCAGGCGCUGAGGCAACUGGAGGCACGAGAGGUCUUUGGGGAAGAAGAGGCAGCCUGUGGGGAGGGCAAGAGUAUAGGAACCACUACCACCAAAAACGGGCCAACAGACUUGGAGCUAAAUGGCUUUGCAACUCUGGAAACCAAAGUUAAUGGAACUGAGGAGACAGAUGAGGAGACUGCAGGAGUUGAAAUCACAAAAGUCAGGACUUUGGAAGCUGCAUCUGUGGGAAUCAAGGCCACAGAAACAAAAUCCAAUGGGACUGAGGUCAUAGAAAUGAAGGCUACAGAAGGGGAAGAAAACACUGAAACUAAGACCAUGGGAGCUGAGGCCACUGGAGUGGAGGCCACAAAUACAAAAGCAGAAAAGCCAGACAUGCAGACCAAUGGAGAGGGUCCUGGGGAGGCAGAGCUCACACCUACAGAGACCACAAACAUGGAGGCCGCAGACUCUAGGUCCACAGAUGCGGAUGUCCUGGGAGUAGAAGCCACAGAUGCAGGGAACAUGGGGGUAGAGGCCACAGCCCAGGGAGUUUCUGCUAGCCCUGUCCUUCACCCUGGUGCUGCUGAGGCCUCGGAAAAGCUGCAAGCAGAGCUGGAGACCAGGAUUCGUGGCUUGGAGGAGGCGCUCCGGCAGCGGGAGCGGGAGGCGGCCACGGAGCUGGAGGCAGCCCGUGGAAAGUGCGAGGCUGCGGAGGCGGAGGCGGGCCGGCUGCGGGAGUGGAUGCGUGAGGCCAAGAACAGCGGGACCAGCGGAGGCAGCGGUAGCGAUGUGUCCCAGCUGCGGGCGGCCCUGGAGCAGGCCCGGGAGGAUCUCCGAGAUCGGGACGCUCGCCUACGGGAACUGGAGGCGGCCACAGCCUGGCUCGACGAGGCCCGGGCUGGCCGGCUGCUGGCCGAGGAGGAGGCCCGGGGCCUGCGGGCAGAGCUGGCUCGGCGGGAGGAGGUGCGGCUGGAGCAGAGCCGGGAGCUGGCGGCACUACGGGAGCAGCUGGCCACAGCCACUGCCACAGGGGAGCAACAACGGGCUGCAGCUGCUGAGCUGGGCCGCAAACGGGAUGCAGCUGAGGCCCGGGCCGCUGAGCUGGCCGCAGCCUGCGAGGAGGCCCGGAGGGGGCUGGCAGAGCUGCGCGAGGCUUCCGAGGCCCUCCGCCAGUCUGUCGUGCCAGCCUCUGAGCACCUCCGGCUGCAGGAGGAGGCCCUUGAACUGCGUGGCCGGGCAGCCAGUCUGGAGCAGGAGGUGGUGGCCACAGGCAAGGAGGCGGCCCGACUUCGGGCAGAGCUGGAACGUGAGCGUGUAGGCAGUGUGGCACUCUCAGAGCAUGAGCGUAUAGUGGGCGCUCUGCAGGCUGACGUGGCCCGGCUGGAGGGGCAGCUGGAGGAGCUGGGGCGGCAGCAUGAGAGGACCAGUGCCGAGGUCUUCCAGGUGCAGCGUGAGGCCCUGUUCAUGAAGAGUGAGCGUCAUGCAGCAGAAGCUCAGCUGGCCACUGCCGAGCAGCAGCUACGCGGGCUACGCACCGAGGCUGAGCGAGCACGCCAGGCCCAGAGUCGUGCUCAGGAGGCCCUGGACAAGGCCAAGGAGAAGGACAAGAAGAUCACAGAACUCUCCAAAGAAGUUUUCAGUCUUAAGGAGGCACUGAAGGAGCAGUUGGCCCCCCUGGCUACCCCUGAGAUGGAGGCCCUGCGUGGCCAGGUGAAGGCCUUACAACAGCAACUGGAGGAGUCUGCCAGGGACCACAGUGCUGUGGUGGCUUUGUAUAGGAGCCACCUUCUCUAUGCUAUUCAGGGCCAGAUGGAUGAAGAUGUGCAGCGCAUUCUCAGCCAGAUUGUCCAGAUGCAAAGACUCCAGGCUCAGGGCCGCUGAGACAGAGGCCAGACAGCCCACUGGCUAUCCCUACAUGGAGCCUCGGCCAUCUUGGGCCAGCUUCACCUAGCCCUGUGGAGUCUCUGGGCUUGUGCUCUUGGAGACCAGCCUGGGGUCCUUCCCAACUGUACCUAGCUGGUUUCAUCGCCCCACCUGGUCCUGCAUGCUGCACACUGGUCAGUCUGGGCCCCCGGGGCCUAACUGCCCCUCCCCCAUGACCGGAGAAUCUGUGAGUCCUUUGUCCCUCCCACAUCCCAUCCCCAGGCGCCAAGCCAGGAAUAAAGGCAACUGUGCACAGGACAGGUGUGUCAGCCUGAUUGCUGGGCUCCUGCUGAGAGGAGGGGAGGAGGUGGCCCAGAACAGGAAGUGCUCACCCCAACUCCAUCCACACUCUCAAUCAUGACGAUCAAUACCAUAUGAAUGCAAUAUUUUAAAAAGGCAAAAUGGCUGCCAAAAAUGUUAAAAUGUCAAAUGAAAGACAAGAGCUGAGCCUGCACCUGCACUUCUUAAUUCACCUCCUAAUCUUAGACCUACCCCUAGUGGGACACAUCCCCCCAACCUUUCUCUGCCCCUUGGCAAAUCCCCCAAAAUCCCCAGAGGAUUCUGGGUACUUUCUAGUUUCUAGAGGGGAGGCAGGAGUGUGGCUGGGACUCCCCAGUGGUGUGUAGCCUGUCCCUGGGGGUUUCCGUGGUCGUCCAGGGCAAGCACUGUGCCUAUUAGGUGCUCACUGUUAUCCACAGUGGCAGAUGCUUCCCUGGGUCUGUGUCCCCUGACUCCCUGUGGCCAAGACACAGAGGGGUCCUUCCAUGCCCAUCUCAGUGGUCAGUGAGUCUCUCCUCUUAGUCUGUGCCUGGAUGCCUCUGGGUCCCUAUCUUUCUUUUUCUAUGGAUCUUUGUCCCUGUCUCUG